CUUAAGAAAAAUCAUAAAGUUAGACUCAAGCUUCGAGCACCCAGUUGGAUUAUAUAUUUCGCGAAAUUUAUUUCAUGUUUCAAUGAAACAGAUUUUUCAUUCAUCAAGAUAAAGAGCAACUUAAGAAAAGAUAACGAAUUCAAAACAUAUCAAAGUUCGGUUUGUGAAUGAAAUUUUUAAGAAUAAAAAAAAGAAAAGUGUUAAGUAAAUAAAAUGUUAAAUUUGACUGGAGGAAAAGAUAAAAAUGCAACAGAAGGAAACACAGCCUUGGAGACCGGAGCUAAUAAAUCAGAUAAUAAGGACGAGGUAAGAAACGAACUUUCUUUUCCUUUGGAGAGUAAAAGUGAAGUUUCUAAAGAUUCUGCCGUUCCACAAAUCAGCUCUGAAAUGACCAAGACAAAAAAAUUCGAUAACGGUUCGGUAAACCUUUUGAAGAGAAAUAAUGAUGCCGAUAAUUCAGAUGAUGUCAUUUUUAGCCGCUAUGAUGAUGUCUCUGACAGCUCUGAAGAUACUCUCUGUGGAAUUGGGAGUUUCAGACCCCAAUGGAUUCAGUCUUUAGCUACUCCAAAAAUAUUCCUGCUCCUUUUUUCAACAACUGGCAUUGUUCAGGGCAUGUUCUUUGCCUAUCGGAUGGGUGUGAUUUCGACUUUGGAGAAAAAAUACGCUUACACCAGCAAGGUAAGCGGUUCCAUAGUGAUGGUGGAAGAGGUGACACCUGUUUUUUUAGGUGCUCUUCUUGGAUACUAUGGUAGUAAAUGUCAUCGAUCACGUGUCAUUGCUGCAGGAAUGUUUGCAAGUGUGUUUUGCAGUUACGUUUGUGCUCUCCCAUAUUUUAUUUAUGGAUCUGGUGCUGAUUUGUCUUCAAUGAUGGUUGAAAGCAAAACCACUGACGACGUGUGUCUUGCUGAGUUCAAGACAGAUAUGUGCCACAAAGAUGGAAAAUCGGCAAAAGGUUUAGUUGUGUUUAUUUUCAUGGUAGCGAGUUUUUUUCAAGGAUUUGGAACGAUUGCUUAUAUUGCAGUUGGAAUACCGUAUUUAGACGAUAUUACAAAAAAGAGAAACAUCCCUAUUUAUUUAGCUGUCACUCAAGGACUACGAAUUCUCGGACCUAUAUCUGGAUUUCUCCUGUCUUCUAUUUGUCUUAAAUACUAUGAAAAUCCACUGGCUGAUCCCGGAUAUGGACCAGAAGACCCACGUUGGAUUGGAGCAUGGUGGUUGGGAUUCAUUGUGCAAGGAACUUUGCUUUUUAUAUUUACUAUUCCUAUGCUUUUCUUCCCAAAACAACUUCCAGGGAAAAAAAUAGUUUUUCAAGAAAAAAUAGAAGGACAAAGUUUUAAGUCCCAUUUAUUAGGAUUUUUUUCUGCGUUAAAACGAUUGGGAACAAAUUUUCUGUGUAUUUUUCUCUGGUUGAACACAGUUACUAGCAUUCAUGGAGGUAUAGGUCAUUUUAUGAUGCUUCCCAGAUAUAUGGAGCAGCAGUUUCGGCUAUCGGCAGGAGAUGCAAGCUUAUAUUCCGGUCCUCCAGGACUUAUAGCUGUGAUACUUUCUCAAGUGACUGGUGGUGUGUUUAUCUGGAAGUUUCGACCAAAAGUCAAGACAAUUAUUAUUGGAAUAAUAGCCUUGGAGUUCAUUUCUUGUGCAGGUUGCCUUCUACUCAUAAUACCACGAUGUGAAAAAAUUGACUUAUCAAAUAAUGGAUAUAACGCUGAAGGACUGGUUUUAGAAAACGAGUGCAACCGGAACUGCAACUGUUCUCUUAAAUCUUUCACUCCAGUUUGUGGGCCGGAUGGCAAGACAACUUACUUUUCUCCGUGUUUUGCUGGAUGUAAAGAAUCAUUUAUUGACCAAGACAAUAAAAAGGUGUAUACAAACUGCACGUGUGUUAUUGACUCUACUUUUGAAGCAGGAGGUUUCGUAACAGAAGGAUACUGUUUUGUGGAAGGAUGCUGGUCUCAAACUUUGCUAUACGUAACUUUAUUGCCCAUACUCCAAAUAAUAAUUCAUUUCUUUAAAGUUGCAUACACAAUGAUACUAUUGAGAUCUAUUGCUCCAGAGGACAAAAGCGUUUGCGUGGGCACAUUUGAAAUGCUACUCUGCCUUUUUGGUUUUAUUCCGCAACCUGUUAUUUCUGGAGCUCUAUUGGAUUCGGCCUGCUUAAUUUGGGAAAAAAGUUGUGGUACCACAGGAAAUUGUUGGUUCUACGACGUAGAUAAAUUUAACUAUUUAAUGCACGGGUUAUCAGCUGUUUUUCAGACUGUAGCAAUGCUCUGGUUCUUCGGUAUUUACAUUUACCAACAUCAACUUCGUGAUUUUUAUGAUGAUGAUGAAAAUGAACCAGAUGUCAAGUCGAACUGCAAAGAAAAAAAUGCUGCUGAUAUGCAACUAACAAAUCUCUAG